AUGAAGAACUUGGGGACGAAGCAUUACCAGGGAGGCACUGAUCCCUUUGAAACUGAUGCGUGGCUUCACAAUCUCAAGCAGAACUUUGCUGCAACCUGUUGUCCGGAAGAAUUUAAAAAAGACGUGGCUGUUUACUAUCUAGGGAAGGACGCCAUCAGUUGGUGGUUAUGCGUAGAGAGGAACUUUCGAGACUUCAAUCUGAGUUGGGCUGACUUCCGUACAGCGUUCGUUCGAAAGUACUUCCCACCGGAAGCCCGUGAUCGAUUGGAGAUUAAAUUCAUGGAGCUAGUUCAGGGAGGAUUAGCUGUUAGGAAGUAUGAGGCAGAGUUCACCCGUCUCAGGAAGUAUGUCCACUAUGGUCGAGAGGACGAGAUGAUGAUUAUCCGUAAGUUCCUUCGAGGACUUAACCCAUAUAUCAGGAGCAGACUUGAGGCAGUAGAGUUUCAUAGGCUUGCUGAUUUUGUUGAGCGUGCUGUGAACGUUGAGGAGUCCAUUGCUGCUGAGAGAGCUUCUUCUAGCAAUGCCGCACAACCUAGACGUCCAUCUGUUCCAUUCCAGCCUCAGCCGCAUUCUGCUAUGCAGCAAGGACGAGGAGGUACAGCUUUUCGGGGAGGUCGUUCUGGAGGUUCUAGACCUAGAACCCCGACUUGUUUCACUUAUGGCCAGCUGGGACAUGUUAGGAGAGAUUGUCCGACCGUGGGACAGUUCCAACCGGCUGUACCAUCGCACAUCACUUGUUUCACGUGUGAAGAGCGAGGACAUUACGCGACAUCAUGUCCACGCACUCAUCUUGCUCAGCCUGUUGUUUUGAGUGCUCGACCCGCCAGACCAGUUAACCAACCUUUACCCUUACCUCCUGCUAAGCGUCAAGCCACUGCUGGUAGGGCUUACGCUUUAGAGUUACCAGGACCAUCCCGACCACCUCAGGGUCAAAUUUCAGGGACUUUGCUUGUGGGUGGAAUAUCCGCCCACAUCCUUUUCGAUUCAGGAGCAACACAUAGUUUUGUAGCUCCCGAAGUAGCAUCCCGAUUCGAUGGAGAAUUCUCUAAGGUGAAUUUAUCCAUUCCCGUUCUAACUCCCGGAGAUCAAGUUCUUGAAACUGAAGGCUGUAUUCUAAGAGUUCCAAUCAUUAUCCAAGAGGUUUUUCCGGCUGAUUUGUUUGUUCUCCCCUUAGAGAGGUACGAGGUAAUCUUAGGGAUGGAUUGGCUGUCAAGUUACCAAGCUCACCUUGAUUGUGGUCGAGGGAAGAUUGUUUUCGAGAGAGAUACCCAACCCCCUUUAGCUUACCAUGGCAUAGUACCAAGUGAUGGAGCGUUAUUAGUGUCAGCAUUGAGAAUUGAAAACCUUUUGGAGAAGGGUGAAGAAGUAUACUUAGUGACUUUAGUUGCUGGACCAGUAGAAGACGAGAAAGAGCAGAACAUCGAAGAAAUACCAGUACUCCGAGAAUAUGAGGACGUGUUUAAGGCAUUAGAGGGAUUGCCGCCGUCUAGGAGUAACCCCUUUAGUAUAACCUUAGAACCCGGAUCAGCUGCAAUAGCAAAGGCACCAUACCGAAUGGCACCAGCAGAGCUCGCUGAGUUGAAGCAGCAGUUAGCUAAUUUGCUAGACAAAGGUUUCAUACGUCCUAGUUCAUCACCAUGGGGAGCACCCAUGCUAUUUGUAAAGGAGAAAGACGGAAGCAUGCGGUUAUGUAUCGAUUAUCGUGGAAUCAAUAACGUAACCAUAAAAGACAAGUACCCAGUCCCAAGAAUUGAUAAGCUAUUAGACCAGUUACAAGGCGCAAGCUGGUUUUCGAAGAUUGAUUUAGCUUCAGGUUAUCAUCAGAUUCCGAUUUCCGAAACCGAUAUCAGGAAGACCGCCUUUAGAACCCGCUAUGGACACUUUGAGUUCGUAGUAAUGCCUUUUGGUCUUACCAAUGCCCCGGCUGCAUUUAUGCGACAGAUGAAUGAAGUAUUUCGGGAUUACCUGGAUGAGUUUGUUAUCAUAUUCAUUGACGACAUCCUCAUAUAUUCCCGAAGUGAAGAAGAACACGAAAGGCAUCUACGACUAGUUUUGGAGCGUCUCCGAGAUGAAAAGCUUUUUGCUAAGCUUAAAGAAGGAGUUGCCGUCGAUCCAGAAAAGAUAGCUGCUAUUAAGGAAUGGCCGCAACCGACUUCUGUUACCGAGAUUCGAAGUUUUCUUGGAUUGGCCGGCUAUUACAGAAAGUUUGUCCAAGGAUUUGGAAGCGUAUCAAAGCCUUUGACUCGUCUUACCGGUGAAGGGAUUGCUUAUGAAUGGAGUAUAGAAACCGACGAAGCAUUCGAAAAGUUAAAAGAAGCUUUGACGACUGCACCUAUCUUAGCAAUUCCUAAGCCUAACCAACCAUACACCGUGUAUACGGAUGCAUCUCAUGUUGAUUUAGGUUGUGUGCUGAUGCAAGACGAUAAGGUAAUCGCCUAUGCAUCUAGGCAACUAAGAAAGCAUGAAGUGAAUUACCCGACACAUAACCUAGAGAUGGCUGCAGUACUAUGUGCCCUUCGGAUUUGGCGAUCGUACUUGUAUGGUGAGAAGAUCCAAGUGUUCACUGACCAUAAAAGCCUUAAGUAUCUUUUCACUCAACCUGAUUUGAACCUAAGGCAAAGACGAUGGAUGGAGUUCGUAGCUGAUUACGACAUGCAGAUCCUAUACCAUCCAGGAAAAGCCAACGUUGUUGCUGAUGCGUUGAGCAGAAGGAAAGUUGAUGUAGAUAUUGAAAAAGAACUCCAAAACCUGGAAGCGGAAUUCAAGAUGAUUACUUUUGCUUCCUUAGAAGGAGUAGAAAGAGAACCUCUAGGACUACAAGCAGUAAGCCAAGCUGGUUUACUCUCUCGUAUCCGAGAAUAUCAAAUGAGAGAUGUGAACCUGAAGAAGAUACGAGAGCAGUUGAAUGAAGGAAACAUCAGAGGAUAUCAAGUUGCAAGUGAUGGAACUUUGUUACUCAAUGGUCGAGUAACUGUUCCGAAAGGAGAAGGACUUCAAGAGGAGAUUCUAAGGACUGCACACCAUUCUCUCUUAAGCAUUCAUCCUGGGAGCACAAAGAUGUAUCAAGAUAUCAGAAGAUAUUACCACUGGCCAGGGAUGAAGAGAGAUGUUGCCAUAUGGAAAACCUUUUGGAGAAGGGUGAAGAAGUAUACUUAG